AUCGGUAUCGGGUGACGCAUACGAACAACAGAUCCCAGACAACCAAGAAACGCAAUAGCAGGAAAAACUCAAUUUAUUCGCUAUAUUCAGGUGAAAAGGCAGACCAGUAAGGAUGAGUUUCUUCGGGAAGAUGUUCGGUGGCAAGAAGGAGGUGGCCCCCACCACCGGCGAGGCGAUACAGAAGCUGCGCGAGACGGAGAACAUGCUUAUCAAAAAGCAGGAGUUCCUGGAGGCCAAGAUCGAGGACGAAUUGAAUAUAGCCCGCAAGAAUGCGUCCAAAAACAAACGAGAACUGGCACUGCAAGCACUCAAGAAAAAGAAGCGCCUGGAGAAGCAACUCCAGCAGAUCGAUGGCACCCUGUCCACCAUUGAAAUGCAGCGGGAGGCUCUGGAGAGCGCCAACACGAACACUGCCGUCUUGACAACGAUGAAGAAUGCCGCGGAUGCUCUCAAGACAGCCCAUCAAAAUAUGGAUGUGGACAAGGUGCACGACAUGAUGGAUGACAUUGCUGAGCAGCAGGACGUGGCCCGAGAGAUUUCCGAUGCCAUAUCCAACCCAGUGGCAUUUGGGGCGGAUCUGGAUGAUGAGGAUCUCGAGCGGGAACUCGACGAACUGGAGCAGGAGAACUUUGAUAAGGAAAUCAUUGGCAUCCCCGAGCCGACGCCCACAUUGCCAGAAGCACCCACAGAAGAUUUGCCCGAGAAGGCCAAAGAAAAGAAAAAGGCGACAACCACGAAUGCAGUGGAGGAUGAUGAUGAUCCAGUCAUGAAGCAGUUAAUAUCCUGGUCCAACUAAAUCAGAGAGCUAUUGCAAUCUCCUUACUGUUCUAAAGAUUCACCCUAUCGUUUUUGUUUUGAUUAACAAUCAAUACUGUUAAUUAAGCGAAAUUUUAGUUCGAAGCGAGGGAGAGAAUACAAGGCAUUAAAUCCUUUGGCAAUUCAACAAAUGGUACAUAAAAUAGGAAUGUGAUUUUAAAAUAAACGAAAUGAGCAUAGUCAGGCCACGCAUCAGCAAAACUAGGUAUCAACGUAUUUAAUAUUUGAUUUGUUAUUCUUUCAACACGACUAAAUGGCUUUGAAUAACGCUGAUUGGUCAUUCAGUGAAUGCAAAUCUAAUAUUCCAUCAAACAAAAGUAGCUUUUUGAUAAAACUUAAAUAUGUUUUGUGGCACUUAUCUUUCCUCAGUCUAAGCUUUGUAUUGAGCGAUUCACAAAAAUAAAAACAUGAAGCCUCUCGACUGCAGGUAACUCAGCAGUCGCGAGAGGCAAAAAAAAAAAAGAAUAAACCAAUACAUUUUAUUUAAUAACAGUUUUUGCUUGUAAACAGGUUGCGAAUAAAAACCCUAAAUGAAGCACCACUGGGAAGAAA